AGGUGGCUUUUCCCUUCCCAAGCCACAUAGUAAAGGCAGCAAUGCAGACGCGGGAUACUUGCCGGGCUAGCAAUGGAGGAAUGAUGGCGCCAUCCACCCGGGUGGGCGAAGAAGCUUGCGGUAGUUGACGUGGCGGGUGUAUUGUUGUGGAGAGGCGUGUUUGUGUUGAUUUUGUUGGGUAAGAGGUGUCCUAGUGGUGCGUUUUCGGGGUGGUGCAAUGCUUACAACAUCUCCUCAGCCGCUGUAUGUCUUUUAUGUGUCGCUUUUGGGGUUAGUGUGUUUUUUGAUGUGAAGGAUUUACAUGCUAGUAAGGUUUCACCCCGGACUAGAUAAUGCAAUGCAUUCAUCAAAUUGAUCUCUCUUUGUUGAACGAUGGACUGUCUGGUAACAUAGUCAUUUACUGUUUACCAAUGGCUAUGAGAGCCAUUUGCUCCUUAGUGCAGCGUAUUUGUGCGCCACACUUCUGUCUCUCUGCAGCAAGGGGGUUCAGGGAUCUGAAUGCCAGACCGGGGGUUGGUCCUAAAUUGGUUUUCCAAGGUGAUUUACAGUAUUCCUGCAUCUAA